ACUUUAUCACAUACUAUGGCACAUCUGUUCAUAAAGAUACUCUACAUUCUGCUAUGGCUGUAGUCUCAAGGGUGUGCGGUAAGAUGGAGCCGGGCGACGAGCGCGUGGGCGACGCGGUGUCGUCGCUGUCGGCGCUGCUGCGGCACGGCGACGCGCGCGUGGCGGACGCGGCGCUGCGCUGCUUCGCCUCGCUGGCGGACCGCUUUGCGCGCGCGCACGCAGAUCCCGCACCUCUCGCUGAACAUGGUCUGAUUGAGGAACUGGUGCGAAGGCUCGGUAGCACAGAGACCAGUGACGACAAAUGCUUGGUGCCAUCCGUGUCCACCACUGUUAGCCUGCUGUCGACGUUGUGUCGUGGCUCCGCACAGAUAACUCACGACCUGGUGCGCUUGGACCUGUGCUCGGCGAUAGAGGCGGCGGUGCAGGCGGACGAGCGCUGGUGCUUGGAGUGCAUGCGUCUCGUCGAUCUGCUGCUCGUUCUCCUCUGUGAGGGCAGACACGUGUCAGCAACUGAAUGA